UGGGAGAAGAGAGAGGCCCCAGCCCAUCUCUCCCUGUUCUGCCUUGAUCUGUCCCUCCAGGAAGCUUGGACACAUACUGGUCUGGCAUGGCCCCCAUCUGCAUGGGAGGCUGCAGAGGGAAGCACAAGGAGCUGAAGAGGAGCCAGUGUGGGAAUGGCAGCUGCUGCUGGCUGGGAUACAAAUCCUUCUGUCGAGCUGUCUUUGGCCUGGAGGAUUUUGGGGGCAUCGGGGGAGCAAGAAGUAUGGGGCAUUUCCUGAGGGGCCCCUUGACAAGGAAUUACAGCAGCUGUUGGCGUCAUGAGGUGCUGACAAGGUUAAUGCAUCAGCCCCCCAGCCUGCCCCAGGACACAGACUUGUUGCAACAUCUCAGUAUCGUCGGCCUCCUGGCAUCCAGGAGAUGGACUAAUGGAUCCUCUCUGGGAUCUGGAGCAUCUACCUACAGCCCCUGGCAUCCUAGCAUCCAUUUAGGUUCCAUGUCACAUAUCCAGAGCAGUUUACCAGCACUGGUAGCAGUCAUCCAGGCUGUGGCAGAUACCCUGGCUAUCACGGAUCCCAGGAGCUAUAUACCCUUGUCAUCCAUAGUGUAUGCUGUUGCCAUCUCUUCGGGAUCCAGCAUGCUCUCCCCCCCCACACACUCCCCCUGAUCUGGUAUGUUCCCUUGGCAUCCUUCUGGGGUUGUGGAAUUAUGCCAGCAGCCCUUGGCACCCAAUGAUGCCAAGCAUGUACCUAUGACAUGCUGCUCUCUGGGGCCCCUUUUGUCUCUGGGGUGGUGGCAAUACCUUCACACUUCCAACCUGCACUGUCCCCCGGGACUUUUCUCUUCUCAGUGAACUGUGGGCGGCCAGAGGCAGACUUCAAUUCCAUGGUCUAUGGCAACGACUGGUGGGUGGGCUCUGUGGUGCGCUACAGCUGCCGACCCGGCUUCCUGCUAGUGGGGGACCCGGCCAGUGCUUGCCAGUCCGAUGGCCACUGGACACCUAAACCCACCUGCCUCCGGAUAUGCCUCCGGGGCCGAAUUGAGAUUAAUGAGCGGGACAUAGAGGGCAGCUGCUCCUCCACCUGCUCGGACAAGGCUCACCUCGGGGCCUUCCUCAACCACGGCUGCAUCAAGAUCUCCAACUGCGUCACCAAGCAGUGGGGCUGGACCCGCUGGUUCGCGCGCUGCGACUUCUGCGAGUGCGAUUGCUACGUCCCCUGCUCUUCCUCUAGGUAGAGAUCGGGGGCAGAUCGAUUCGUGGGGAGCUGUUCGGCUGUGAAGGGGAGCUCCGUCCCAGGAGGGGCAACAGCCAGCCUGAUGCUCGCGGCGGAAUAGGCUACCGUACUGUGCCUCUCUCCCCAUCAGGCCAGAGUCCUCCAUCCGCCUGUUCCUAUCACACUCUUGGCAAUGUGUUCGUGGAAGUGCAUGAUUGUGUCUGUCUCCUGGACUGGAACCAUUUGCCAGCCUGUCUUGUUGUGGUGCAGCAUCUGCAGAGGAAAGGACUGCCUCCCCCAUAACUUAACCCUUAGCACCCUGCUUUGUUCUGAACAAGCGCAUGGGUAUAUACAGUCAUCUCCCUACUCUGCAGCAGGUUACACUGUGGGAGAAAGUGUUCCAAGGACUCCAGACUUGUAUUUCCUCCUCUGAGACCUUAGGCAAAGGAUGACACCGAUCUCUGCCUCAGUUUCCCCAUCUGCUUAAUGAGGAUGAAUAAUACCCCUCACUGGGUGUGGGGGCAUGUUGGGGUUCACUGUCUGUAACAUCCUUUGAAUGAAGAGCGUCAUUAUCUAUCUCAGCACCACCCGAUUGUUGCAGCCUCCCCUGCUGCCUCUGGCCAGACGUGGAGUCUGCUUGAGCAGGUUACAUUGACAGCAGGUGCAGUGAACCAAACCACCUGGCCAAAAGGGACUGCCCCUCUCUCCCACCUGCAUGCCUCCCCUGGCGAGUCCCAGUCCCUCUCAAGGCAGAGGGGCAGGAGCAGGGAGCAGAGGCCUUCAUCUUAAAGGAGCUUUAGUCAGGGGCCAAUUGUAGAAAAAGGCGAAUUGUUCUGCAAGUGCCCCCUUUAGCAGGGGGAACGCACCACCCACAGUGAGAGGGGAGAGGGAGCAGCUGUUCUAGGUGGGGGAGAGGGUUGGUCCUGCCCUAAUGUGGGAUUAGGCACCUGUUUACUCUUCUGACACAGGGCAAUGGAAGGCAGUUGAAGGGAAUCCUCUUCCUUGCCUGCUUUGCUGUGGUGCCAUGCUACUCCUUGGCACCCAGAAACCUCUGUCAAAUGCUCUCCCUUGCCUAGCAAGUGGGGAGGGUCUGCGGGACACACAAGGAUCAGCCAGUGGAGUUUUCCCUCCUCGCCACAUGUGAGGUAGGCAUGGGGAAGGUGAGGAUUAAAUGCUGUGUAUGGCAAAUGCUGCUUCUGCCCGAGGCGCUUUGUCUCUGACCACUGGCUUCAAGCCUGUGACCAUCGCGCCAAUAAAUCUGUUGA